AUGUUACUGUUGAUACAAUAUUGCAUUAAAGAACUUAAAGAUAAGCCACCAUUGGAUGCACCUGAUGACGGUUUUCACAAAGAAGAUUACACACCAUUUUCUUAUCAGGUGCUUACUUCCUUCUCCUCUGAUAUAUCAUUUCCUAGCUAUUCUUCUUUACCUUCCGCUCACACCCGAGGCGAUCCGAAGUGGGAGUCGAUACUCGCAUGCAAAGGAGGCAUACGUCGAUGGCUGAUGAGGUACGCGGGGAAGUGGAAGGUACUUGGCGGUGACUGUUCGUGUCGGGGGCCCAUCUCCCGCCUCCUACCGCCACCUUUUAAAUUAGCAGUUCCUUUCUUUAUAAUCGUCUCUUAUUCUUGA